CUACCUUCUACACCCCAUCAUGGCCUUCCCUCAGUCCCUCUUCCGGUUUGUCGUCCCCGCGGCCUUCGCAGUUGGCCUCGCGCAGGCCUCCAUGUACGACGUGAAGGGCGGAACCCGCGCCGUCAUCUUCGACCGAUUGUCGGGUGUGAAGGAGACCGUGGUGAACGAGGGCACACAUUUCUUGGUGCCGUGGCUGCAGAGGGCGAUUGUUUAUGAUGUGCGGACACGGCCGAGGAAUAUCUCGACGACGACGGGAAGCAAGGAUCUGCAGAUGGUUACGCUCACGCUGAGGGUGCUGCAUCGGCCGGAGGUGAAGAUGUUGCCCAAGAUCUAUCAGAACCUCGGUCUUGACUACGACGAGCGAGUCCUCCCCUCAAUUGGAAACGAAGUUCUCAAAGCCAUCGUCGCCCAGUUCGAUGCCGCCGAGCUCAUCACCCAGCGAGAAGCCGUCUCGAACCGCAUUCGAACAGACCUGCUCAAGCGCGCCAGCGAGUUCAACAUCGCACUCGAAGAUGUCUCCAUUACACAUAUGACCUUCGGCAAAGAGUUCACAAAGGCAGUCGAAGAGAAGCAGAUCGCACAGCAAGAGGCGGAGCGCGCACGAUUCGUUGUUGAGAAGGCAGAACAGGAGAGGCAGGCCAACGUUAUCAGGGCUGAGGGUGAAGCCGAGGCUGCCGACACGAUUAGCAAGGCCGUUGCAAAGAGCGGUGAUGGCUUGAUCCUGAUUCGAAGAAUCGAGACUCAGAAGGACAUUGCGCAGAUGUUGUCAAGGAAUCCGAACGUCUCCUAUCUGCCUGGAGGUGGUAGCGGCGGCGAGGGUGGAAAGAGCGGCGGGAGCUUCCUUCUGGGCUUGAGGGGCUAAGAGCCGGGCGGAAAGAUGUCCAAGAGGAGUAUUUGGGAUAUGGGGGGUGAUGCAUGACCAUGCUCCUCGUGGCACAUGUUGUAUAAUAUCAACCACGAGCAUGUUACUUCUCUGUAAUGUAGGGAAUCAUUCUCCUCUUAUAGUCAUCUUGCGUUCCUCUUUCGCUAUUUUGACAAUUUCUAGUCCCUCUAUAUUUGCUGCCUCUAUCUGCUGCCCG